AUGUUUUCCGAUCUUCUCUUAUCCUUUUUCUGUAUCUUCCCAUUCUCUUCCUUAUCCCUUUCUAUACAAAAUAAUCCAUCAUCUUAUGUUUCCGAUCUUCUCUUAUCCUUUUUCUGUAUCUUCCCAUUUCUUUUCUUAUACCUUUUCAUAUACAAAAUAAUCCAUCAUCUUAUGUUUCCGAUCUUCUCUUAUCCUUUUCUGUAUCUUCCCAUUCUCUUCCUUUAUCCCUUUCUAUACAAAAUAAUCCAUCAUCUUAUGUUUCCCGUCUUCUUAUCCUUUUUCUGUAUCUUCCCAUUCUCUUCCUUAUCCCUUUCUAUACAAAAUAAUCCAUCAUCUUAUGUUUCCGAUCUUCUUAUCCUUUUUCUGUAUCUUCCCAUUCUCUCCCAUAAUCCAUCAUCUUAUCUUCUCUUUCUUUUCUCUUCCCAUUCUCUUCCUUAUCCCUUUCUAUACAAAAUAAUCCAUCAUCUUAUGUUUCCGAUCUUCUUUAUCCUUUUUCUGUAUCUUCCCAUUCUCUUCCUUAUCCCUUUCUAUACAAAAUAA